AUGACUUACAUGCAAGCUUAUAGAGCCAAGGAAAAGGCAUUAAACAUGUUGCGAGGGGAUCCAACUGAAUCAUACAAUAAGUUACCGAGCUACUUUUACAUCCUGGAAAAGACAUAUCCGGGCUCAGUUGUUAGUUUGGAAAAAACAGCAGAAGACCGUUUCUUGUAUGCAUUUGUAGCAUUGGAACCUUGUAUUAGAGGAUGGGAGUAUUGUAGGCCUAUAGUAGUUGUUGACGGCACCCAUCUAAAAUCAACUUAUGAAGGAACUAUGCUAAUAGCAAGCACACUAGAUCCUGGAGGUAGUAUACUGCCAUUAGCAUAUGCAAUAGUUGAUUCAGAGAAUGAUGCAUCUUGGACAUUGUUUUUUGAGAGAUUUAGGAUAGCUUUUGGUGAAAGGGAGAAUAUGGGAAAUAAAGAACAGGUCAAGAAACUAUACUUUGCAUUAGCUAAGGCAUACACUCUUCAAGAAUUUAGUGAACUCAUGGGAAGGCUGGACACAGUAGAUAAGAAGUUGGGUGUAUACUUAUUUGAUAGUGGGUAUCAUAAAUGGUCUCGGGUACAUGCAACAGUGAAGAGAACAUGGACGUUGACUUCAAACAUUGUUGAAUCUAUAAACAGCAGCAUUGUCAAAGCUAGAGAAUUUCCAGUCUGUAAGUUAAUGGAUUACAUGAGACAAAUGAUUGAAACUUGGAAUGCAAAACACAGUGAAGAAGGGAGAAAUACAUUCACUGAUCUUACUAAUGAGUACAAUAAAGCUUAUGAGGAUAACAAGGAAUUAUCACACCGUAUGACUGUAAGGGCUUCCACUGAAUUCCUACAUACAGUGACAGAUGGUAUGAAGAGAUUUAGUGUGUGUCUUCGAAGUAAGAUUUGUAGUUGUGGAAGGUUUCAACUUGACGAGAUACCAUGUGGACAUGCUUUGGCUGCUAUAAUGUACAAGCACCAACAUGGAGAGGACUACUGCUCUGCCUACUACAGCAAUAAAGAUUUCAAAGAUACAUAUGCCAUACCAGUGGAACCUCUUCUAUGCGAGAGUACAUGGGAGAUAACAUUUGAUGUGUUAGAACAAAUUGUUUUACCACCAGAUUCUAAAAGACCUCCAGGGAGACCAUCGUUGAAGAGAAUGAAACCAUUUUAUGAGGUGAAAUUUAAGAGGGCAAAGAUGACAUGUAGCAAGUGUGGCAUAGAGGGGCACAACAAGAAGACAUGUAGCAAUUUGCCCAAAUGA